CACUGUAACACUGUUAUAUUCGAAACACCAUUAUCCUUCCGCUUUGAUAAAAUCGGAGAAAAAGGCGGGCAUGGUGAAAAUUUGAUCUUUAGAAUAUAUCUUCCGCUGAAUUCAGAUCAAAAGAGUUCAGGAGUGGCCGUACGUCUUAAUACAUUCGUGCGACAUGGAUUGGUAGCGGGGAAGAAGGAAUCUCGCAGCGUUUCAUUACAUCGAAUUUGAGAACAUCAUUAUUUCAAAAUUGGAGGUCUUUGUAACCAGAAGAUCAAAACCCUUUUGGUGAAACUUUUCAGCCAGCAAGGCUUUAUACAGACAGCUUGUUGAUCAACAACAAUGGCACGGAUCGGAAUAAUCCUAUUGGCUAUCGUCAUCCUGGCAAGCGUAAGCAAUGGGGGAUCAUCCACCGGGUCCACGACAGGCACUGGAGGAUCAUCAACUGGGUCCUCGACAGGCAAUGGAGGAUCAUUCACCGGGUCCUCGACCGGCACUGGGGGAUCAUCCAGUGGGUCCUCGACAAGCACUGGAGGAUCAUCAACUGGGUCCUCGACAGGCACUGGAGGAUCAUCCACCGGGUCCUCGACAGGCACUGGAGGAUCAUCCACCGGGUCAUCGACAUGCACUGGAGGAUCAUCUGCCGGGUCCUCGACAAGCACUGGAGGAUCGUCCACCGGGUCCUCGACAGGCACUGGAGGAUCGUCCACCGGGUCCACGACAGGCACUGGAGGAUCGUCCACCGGGUCCACGACAGACACUAGGGGAUCAUCAACUGGGUCCUCUACAGGCACUCGGGGAUCAUCAACUGGGUCCUCGACAAGCACUGGAGGAUCAUCCACCGGGUCCUCGACAAGCACUGGAGGAUCAUCAACUGGGUCCUCGACAAGCACUAGAGGAUCAUCCACCGGGUCCUCGACAAGUAGUGGAGGAUCAUCCACCGGGACGUCAAAAGUGCAAUCCUCGACAGGCACUGGAGGAUCGUCCACCGAGUCCAGGACAGGCACUAGAGGAUCGUCCACCGGGUCCACGACAGGCACUGGAGGAUCAUCCACCGGGUCCUCGACAGGCACUGGAGGAUCAUCCACCGGGUCCUCGACAAGCACUGGAGGAUCAUCCACCGGGACGUCAAAAGUGCAAUCCUCGACAGGCACUGGAGGAUCGUCCACCGGGUCCUCAACAGGCACUGGAGGAUCGUCCACCGAGUCCAGGACAGGCACUAGAGGAUCGUCCACCGGGUCCACGACAGGCACUGGAGGAUCAUCCACCGGGUCCGAGACAGGCACUGGAGGAUCAUCCACCGGGUCCUCGACAGACACUGGAGGAUCAUCAACUGGGUCCUCGACCAGCACUGGAGGAUCAUCAACUGGGUCCUCGACAGGCACUGGGGGAUCAUCCACCGGGUCCUCGACAAGCACUGGAGGAUCAUCCACCGGGUCCACUACAGGCACUGGAGGAUCAUCCACCGGGUCCUCGACAAGCACCGGAGGAUCAUCAACUGGGUCCUCGACGAGCACUGGAGGAUCAUCCACCGGGUCAAGGACAAGCACCGGAGGAUCAUCAACUGGGUCCUCGACAAGCACUGGAGGAUCAUCCACCGGGUCCUCGACAAGCACUGGAGGAUCAUCAACUGGGUCCUCGACAAGCACUGGUGGAUCAUCCACCGGGUCCUCGACAAGCACUGGAGGAUCAUCCACCGGGUCCUCGAUAAGUACUGGAGGAUCAUCCACCGGGUCCACGACAAGCACUGGAGGAUCAUCCACCGGGUCCUCGACAAGCACUGGAGGAUCAUCCACCGGGUCCACGAGAAGCACUGGAGGAUCAUCCACCGGGUCCUCGACAAGCACUGGAAGAUCAUCCACCGGGUCCUCGACAAGUACUGGAGGAUCAUCCACCGGGACGUCAAAAAUGCAAUCCUUGACAGGCACUGGAGGAUCGUCCACCGGGUCCACGACAGGCACUGGAGGAUCAUCCACCGGGUCCUCGACAGGCACUGGAGGAUCAUCAACUGGGUCUUCGACCAGCACUGGAGGAUCAUCAACUGGGUCCUCGACAGGCACUGGGGGAUCAUCCACCGGGUCCUCGACAAGCACUGGAGGAUCAUCCACCGGGUCCACUACAGGCACUGGAGGAUCAUCCACCGGGUCCUCGACAAGCACCGGAGGAUCAUCAACUGGGUCCUCGAUGAGCACUGGAGGAUCAUCCACCGGGUCCAGGACAAGCACCGGAGGAUCAUCAACUGGGUCCUCGACAAGCACUGGAGGAUCAUUCACCGGGUCCUCGACAAGCACUGGAGGAUCAUCAACUGGGUCCUCGUCAAGCACUGGAGGAUCAUCCACCGGGUCCUCGACAAGCACUGGAGGAUCAUCCACCGGGUCUUCGACAAGCACUGGAGGAUCAUCCACCGGGUCCACGACAGGCACCGGAGGAUCAUCCACCGGGUCCUCGACAAGCACUGGAGGAUCAUCCACCGGGUCCACGACAAGCACUGGAGGAUCAUCCACCGGGUCCUCGACAAGCACUGGAGGAUCAUCCACCCGGUCCUCGACAAGCACUGGAGGAUCAUCCACCGGGUCCUCAACAAGUACUGGAGGAUCAUCCACCGGGUCCUCGACAAGCACUGGAGGAUCAUCAACUGGGUCCUCUACAAGCACUGGAAGAUCAUCAACCGGGUCCUCGACAAGCACUGGAGGAUCAUCCACCGGGUCCUCGACAAGCACUGGAGGAUCAUCCACCGGGUCCUCGACAAGCACUGGAGGAUCAUUCACCGGAUCCUCGACAAGCACUGGAGGAUCAUCCACCGGAUCCUCGACAAGCACUGGAGGAUCAUCCACCGGAUCCUCGACAAGCACUGGAGGAUCAUCCACCGGGUCCUCGACAAGCACUGGAGGAUCAUCCACCGGGUCCACGACAGGCACUGGGGGAUCAUCCAUCGGGUCCUCGACAGGCACUGGAGGAUCAUCCACCGGGUCCUCAACAAGUACUGGAGGAUCAUCCACCGGGUCCUCGACAAGAACUGGAGGAUCAUCAACUGGGUCCUCUACAAGCACUGGAAGAUCAUCAACCGGGUCCUCGACAAGCACUGGAGGAUCAUCCACCGGGUCCUCGACAAGCACUGGAGGAUCAUCCACCGGGUCCUCGACAAGCACUGGAGGAUCAUCCACCGGAUCCUCGACAAGCACUGGAGGAUUAUCCACCGGAUCCUCGACAAGCACUGGAGGAUCAUCCACCGGGUCCUCGACAAGUACUGGAGGAUCAUCCACCGGGACGUCAAAAGUGCAAUCCUCGACAGGCACUGGAGGAUCGUCCACCGAGUCCAGGACAGGCACUGGAGGACCGUCCACCGGAUCCACGACAGGCACUGGGGGAUCAUCCACCGGGUCCUCGACAGGCACUGGAGGAUUAUCCACCGGGUCCUCGACAAGUACUGGAGGAUCAUCCACCGGGACGUCAAAAGUGCAAUCUUCGACAGGCACUGGAGGAUCGUCCACCGAGUCCAGGACAGGCACUGGAGGAUCGUCCACCGGGUCCAUGACAGGCACUGGAGGAUCAUCCACCGGGUCCUCGACAGGCACUGGAGGAUCAUCCACCGGGUCCUCGACAAGCACUGGAGGAUCAUCCACCGGGACGUCAAAAGUGCAAUCCUCGACAGGCACUGGAGGAUCGUCCACCGAGUCCAGGACAGGCACUGGAGGACCGUCCACCGGAUCCACGACAGGCACUGGGGGAUCAUCCACCGGGUCCUCGACAGGCACUGGAGGAUCAUCCACCGAGUCCUCGACAAGUACUGGAGGAUCAUCCACCGGGACGUCAAAAGUGCAAUCCUCGACAGGCACUGGAGGAUCGUCCACCGAGUCCAGGACAGGCACUGGAGGAUCGUCCACCGGGUCCACGACAGGCACUGGAGGAUCAUCCACUGGGUCCUCAACAGGCACUGGAGGAUCAUCCACCGGGUCCUCGACAAGCACUGGAGGAUCAUCCACCGGGUCCUCGACAAGUACUGGAGGAUCAUCCACUGGGACGUCAAAAGCGCAAUCCUCGACAGGCACUGGAGGAUCGUCCACCGGGUCCUCGACAGGCACUGGAGGAUCAUCCACCGGGUCCUCGACAGGCACUGGAGGAUCAUCAACUGGGUCCUCGACCAGCACUGGAGGAUCAUCAACUGGGUCCUCGACAGGCACUGGAGGAUCAUCCACCGGGUCCUCAACAAGCACUGGAGGAUCAUCCACCGGGUCCUCGACAAGCACUGGAGGAUCAUCCACCGGGUCCUCGACAAGCACUGGAGGAUCAUCCACCGGGUCCUCGACAAGCACUGGAGGAUCAUCAACUGGGUCCUCGACAAGCACUGGAGGAUCAUCCACCGGGUCCUCGACAAGCACUAGAGGAUCAUCUACCAGGUCCUCGACAAGCACUGGAGGAUCAUCCACCCGGUCCUCGACAAGCACUGGAGGAUCAUCCACCGGGUCCUCGACAAGCACUGGAGGAUCGUCCACCGGGUCCUCGACAGGCACUGGAGGAUCAUCCACCGGGUCCUCGACAGGCACUGGAGGAUCAUCCACCGGGUCCUCGACAAGCACUGGAGGAUCAUCUACCGGGUCCUCGACAAGCACUGGAGGAUCAUCCACCGGGUCCUCGACAGGCACUGGAGGAUUAUCCACCGGGUCCUCGACAAGUACUGGAGGAUCAUCCACCGGGACGUCAAAAGUGCAAUCUUCGACAGGCACUGGAGGAUCGUCCACCGAGUCCAGGACAGGCACUGGAGGAUCGUCCACCGGGUCCAUGACAGGCACUGGAGGAUCAUCCACCGGGUCCUCGACAGGCACUGGAGGAUCAUCCACCGGGUCCUCGACAAGCACUGGAGGAUCAUCCACCGGGACGUCAAAAGUGCAAUCCUCGACAGGCACUGGAGGAUCGUCCACCGAGUCCAGGACAGGCACUGGAGGACCGUCCACCGGAUCCACGACAGGCACUGGGGGAUCAUCCACCGGGUCCUCGACAGGCACUGGAGGAUCAUCCACCGAGUCCUCGACAAGUACUGGAGGAUCAUCCACCGGGACGUCAAAAGUGCAAUCCUCGACAGGCACUGGAGGAUCGUCCACCGAGUCCAGGACAGGCACUGGAGGAUCGUCCACCGGGUCCACGACAGGCACUGGAGGAUCAUCCACUGGGUCCUCAACAGGCACUGGAGGAUCAUCCACCGGGUCCUCGACAAGCACUGGAGGAUCAUCCACCGGGUCCUCGACAAGUACUGGAGGAUCAUCCACUGGGACGUCAAAAGCGCAAUCCUCGACAGGCACUGGAGGAUCGUCCACCGGGUCCUCGACAGGCACUGGAGGAUCAUCCACCGGGUCCUCGACAGGCACUGGAGGAUCAUCAACUGGGUCCUCGACCAGCACUGGAGGAUCAUCAACUGGGUCCUCGACAGGCACUGGAGGAUCAUCCACCGGGUCCUCAACAAGCACUGGAGGAUCAUCCACCGGGUCCUCGACAAGCACUGGAGGAUCAUCCACCGGGUCCUCGACAAGCACUGGAGGAUCAUCCACCGGGUCCUCGACAAGCACUGGAGGAUCAUCAACUGGGUCCUCGACAAGCACUGGAGGAUCAUCCACCGGGUCCUCGACAAGCACUAGAGGAUCAUCUACCGGGUCCUCGACAAGCACUGGAGGAUCAUCCACCCGGUCCUCGACAAGCACUGGAGGAUCAUCCACCGGGUCCUCGACAAGCACUGGAGGAUCGUCCACCGGGUCCUCGACAGGCACUGGAGGAUCAUCCACCGGGUCCUCGACAAGCACUGGAGGAUCAUCCACCGGGUCCUCGACAAGCACUGGAGGAUCAUCCACCGGGUCCUCGACAAGUACUGGAGGAUCAUCCACCGGGACGUCAAAAGUGCAAUCCUCGACAGGCACUGGAGGAUCGUCCACAGAGUCCAGGACAGGCACUGGAGGACCGUCCACCGGGUCCACGACAGGCACUGGGGGAUCAUCCACCGGGUCCUCGACAGGCACUGGAGGAUCAUCCACCGGGUCCUCGACAAGUACUGGAGGAUCAUCCACCGGGACGUCAAAAGUGCAAUCCUCGACAGGCACUGGAGGAUCGUCCACCGAGUCCAGGACAGGCACUGGAAGAUCGUCCACCGGGUCCACGACAGGCACUGGAGGAUCAUCCACCGGGUCCUCGACAGGCAUUGGAGGAUCAUCAACCGGGUCCUCGACAAGCACUGGAGGAUCAUCCACCGGGUCCUCGACAAGUACUGGAGGAUCAUCCACUGGGACGUCAAAAGUGCAAUCCUCGACAGGCACUGGAGGAUCGUCCACCGGGUCCUCGACAGGCACUGGAGGAUCAUCCACCGGGUCCUCGACAGGCACUGGAGGAUCAUCAACUGGGUCCUCGACCAGCACUGGAGGAUCAUCAACUGGGUCCUCGACAGGCACUGGAGGAUCAUCAACUGGGAUCUCGACCAGCACCGGAGGAUCAUCAACUGUGUCCUCGACAGGCAAUGGAGGAUCAUCCACCGGGUCCUCGACAAGCACUGGAGGAUCAUCCACCGGGUCCUCGACAAGCACUGGAGGAUCAUCCACCGGGUCCUCGACAAGCACUGGAGGAUCAUCCACCGGGUCCUCGACAAGCACUGGAGGAUCAUCAACUGGGUCCUCGACAAGCACUGGAGGAUCAUCCACCGGGUCCUCGACAAGCACUGGAGGAUCAUCUACCGGGUCCUCGACAAGCACUGGAGGAUCAUCCACCGGGUCCUCGACAAGCACUGGAGGAUCAUCCACCGGGUCCUCGACAAGCACUGGAGGAUCGUCCACCGGGUCCUCGACAGGCACUGGAGGAUCAUCCACCUUGUUCUCGACAAGCACUGGAGGAUCAUCUACCGGGUCCUCGACAAGCACUGGAGGAUCAUCCACCGGGUCCUCGACAAGCACUGGAGGAUCAUCCACCGGGUCCUCGACAAGUACUGGAGGAUCAUCCACCGGGACGUCAAAAGUGCAAUCCUCGACAGGCACUGGAGGAUCGUCCACCGAGUCCAGGACAGGCACUGGAGGACCGUCCACCGGGUCCACGACAGGCACUGGGGGAUCAUCCACCGGGUCCUCGACAGGCACUGGAGGAUCAUCCACCGGGUCCUCGACAAGUACUGGAGGAUCAUCCACCGGGACGUCAAAAGUGCAAUCCUCGACAGGCACUGGAGGAUCGUCCACCGAGUCCACGACAGGCACUGGAGGAUCAUCCACCGGGUCCUCGACAGGCACUGGAGGAUCAUCAACCGGGUCCUCGACAAGCACUGGAGGAUCAUCCACCGGGUCCUCGACAAGUACUGGAGGAUCAUCCACUGGGACGUCAAAAGUGCAAUCCUCGACAGGCACUGGAGGAUCGUCCACCGGGUCCUCGACAGGCACUGGAGGAUCAUCCACCGGGUCCUCGACAGGCACUGGAGGAUCAUCAACUGGGUCCUCGACCAGCACUGGAGGAUCAUCAACUGGGUCCUCGACAGGCACUGGAGGAUCGUCCACCGGGUCCACGACAGGCACUGGAGGAUCAUCCACUGGGUCCUCGACAGGCACUGGAGGAUCAUCAACUGGGAUCUCGACCAGCACCGGAGGAUCAUCAACUGUGUCCUCGACAGGCAAUGGAGGAUCAUCCACCGGGUCCUCGACAAGCACUGGAGGAUCAUCCACCGGGUCCUCGACAAGCACUGGAGGAUCAUCAACUGGGUCCUCGACAAGCACUGGAGGAUCAUCCACCGGGUCCUCGACAAGCACUGGAGGAUCAUCUACCGCGUCCUCGACAAGCACUGGAGGAUCAUCCACUGGGUCCUCGACA